UCUUGAUUUAACUGAGAGAGGGGGAAAAAAAUCUCAUAAAAAGCUAGGCUUGUUGAGCGAGAUUCCCAGAAAAAAUUAGUACUAGAUUGUCAGCUUAUUACUUUAUAGAGAUUAUAAGUUUCUUCUUCCUUAUUUAAUUCGCAAAGAAGCGUCCUUACUUUGUACAUGGUCUUACAUAUUCUUUCUACGGGUGCUGUGCAAUAUUUGAACUACUACUUGUGAUAUGCUCCAAGUAUCUGUACUCAACAGGUGUUUCUACAGCGUGCAUCAAAUCCUGCACAUGUCUGCUACCAGAGAGAUAAAAGACAUGCGAACUCACCUGCCCGCGCCAGAUCCCUGGGUCUCCCCCGCCAUCGCCAUGCCAAGGCGGCCAUUCCGUAUACAUCAGCCUACAGUAAUUGCCAGGUCGAACAAAGAAGCUCAAGGAUAUUCUGACCUAGCUAGCCACCAUCAACAUUAAAUUAUGAGUAAUGUUAUUAUCAUUAUAAUUAAUUUUCUCUCAUUCCAGAUAAUGAAGAACCAGCUAUACUUGGCUGUCCAUCUUCCCAGUUCGUACCCAUGGCGCUCGGCCAGAAUUUCUCUACAGUCUCUUGGACUGAACCAACAGUGAUAGAUAAUUCAGAUACGUCUGAUGAGAUCGGCUUCACUUUCGAUGGUGGAGAGACCGAGGGGACAAAUCCAGGCAACUUUACACAAGGAAUUACUUCUCUUUCAUACACAGCUGUCGAUACUGCUGGAAAUAGAGCUUCUUGCAUGUUCGAGAUAGUAGUCAGUGAUACUGAGGAACCAGUUAUAGUUGGCUGUCCAUUGUCCAAGUCCGUUCCCAUGCAGCCCGGUCAGAAUUUCGCUACAGUGUCUUGGACUGAACCAACAGUGUCAGAUAACUCUUAUAGUGUUACGUUGACAUUCAAUGGAGAGGGGACUAAUGCAGGCGACUUUUCACUGGGAAUAACCUCUCUUUCAUACACAGCUGUUGAUGCUGCCGGAAAUAGAGCUACUUGCAUGUUUGAGAUAGUAGUCAGUGAUAAUGAAGAACCAGCUAUACGUGAUUGUCCAUCCUCCCAGUUCGUACCCAUGGCGCUCGGCCAGAAUUUCUCUACAGUGUCUUGGACUGAACCAACAGUGAUAGAUAAUUCAGAUACGUCUGAUGAGAUUGGCGUCACGUUCGAUGGAGAGGGGACCAAUCCAGGCAACUUUACACAAGGAAUCACUUCUCUUUCAUACACAGCUGUCGAUACUGCUGGAAAUCGAGCUACUUGCAUGUUCGAGAUAGUAGUCAGUGAUAAUGAAGAACCAGCUAUACGUGAUUGUCCAUCCUCCCAGUUCGUACCCAUGGCGCUCGGCCAGAAUUUCUCUACAGUGUCUUGGACUGAACCAACAGUGAUAGAUAAUUCAGAUACGUCUGAUGAGAUUGGCGUCACGUUCGAUGGAGAGGGGACCAAUCCAGGCAACUUUACACAAGGAAUCACUUCUCUUUCAUACACAGCUGUCGAUACUGCUGGAAAUCGAGCUACUUGCAUGUUCGAGAUAGUAGUCAGUGAUACUGAGGAACCAGUUAUAGUUGGCUGUCCAUUGUCCAAGUCCGUUCCCAUGCAGCCCGGUCAGAAUUUCGCUACAGUGUCUUGGACUGAACCAACAGUGUCAGAUAACUCUUAUAGUGUUACGUUGACAUUCAAUGGAGAGGGGACUAAUGCAGGCGACUUUUCACUGGGAAUAACCUCUCUUUCAUACACAGCUGUUGAUGCUGCCGGAAAUAGAGCUACUUGCAUGUUUGAGAUAGUAGUCAGUGAUAAUGAAGAACCAGCUAUACGUGAUUGUCCAUCCUCCCAGUUCGUACCCAUGGCGCUCGGCCAGAAUUUCUCUACAGUGUCUUGGACUGAACCAACAGUGAUAGAUAAUUCAGAUACGUCUGAUGAGAUUGGCGUCACGUUCGAUGGAGAGGGGACCAAUCCAGGCAACUUUACACAAGGAAUCACUUCUCUUUCAUACACAGCUGUCGAUACUGCUGGAAAUCGAGCUACUUGCAUGUUCGAGAUAGUAGUCAGUGAUACUGAGGAACCAGUUAUAGUUGGCUGUCCAUUGUCCAAGUCCGUUCCCAUGCAGCCCGGUCAGAAUUUCGCUACAGUGUCUUGGACUGAACCAACAGUGUCAGAAAACUCUUAUAGUGUUACGUUGACAUUCAAUGGUGAGGGGACCAAUGCAGGCGACUUUUCACUGGGAAUAACCUCUCUUUCAUACACAGCUGUUGAUGCUGCCGGAAAUAGAGCUACUUGCAUGUUCGAGAUAGUAGUCAGUGACACCGAAGAGCCUGUGAUAGACCAGUGUCCAUCCACACAGUCUGUGAGCACAGAACUUAACCAGGACUUUGCAAUGGUUUCCUGGGUAGAACCCCGUGUGACAGAUAACUCUAAUGACUUUACACAGAAAUUCAAUGGAGAGGGGACCAAUCCAGGCAACUUUCCAAUCGGAAUCACCUCUCUGUCUUACACAGCAGUUGAUGCUCAAGGCAAUACAGCCACAUGCAUGUUUGCCAUAGUUGUCAGUGACCAUGAAGCCCCGAUUAUCACUGACUGCCCGAGCUCUCAGACUUUAACGACAGAGCUCGGAUCAGAAACAGCCACGGCGAUUUGGGCGGAGCCCACUGCAUCCGAUAAUUCCAACAGUAUGACCCUGACCCCGAGUCGUAGCGGAGAUGCGUUUCCCGUCGGUCAAAACAUAGUCACUUACGCGGCUCAAGACCCGAGUGGGAACACGGCAACAUGCACCUUUGUUAUAUCAGUCAUGGCUCCUCUGGGAUGCUCCACUAGCCAGCUUAUAUCCUGCCGGGACACAGAAACGUGUGUGCAGAAUGAAUGCCGGUGCAGGCCUGCCUUCAUCCGACUGAAUGAUGUUUGCACAGAGGCAAACAAAUUCAGCAUUUCAGUGCGAGCCCUAACGCUCAACGGUAUUGAUUACGAAUACACUGAUGCCCUGAGUGACCCAAAUUCUCCUGAAUUCCAAGCAGAGGCUAAUAAUUUCAUUAUCGUGAUGAUGCAAAACACUGAUACGAUUUAUGGAGUUACGGUUAUUGAAAUUCAGAGAGGGAGUCUGAUAUUCGUAGCUGAAGCCAUCACCGAACCGUCUACAACGAUGGCCCAACUUCAACAAGAUAUAGAUAGUGCUAUUCAAGAGGGGUCGACUACCGCAGGACCAACGACCAUAUCCUUUGCUCCCGACGACACUGUCAUCGCGGACAUCAAUGAAUGUGCAAGUACGACUACCAAUGACUGCUCGGAGAAUGCCAAUUGUACCAACAUGGUUGGGUCCUACACCUGCACCUGUCAUUUUGGCUACACGGAUAGAUCACCUGCAGGGGUUGGCCCCGCGAGAGUAUGCGAGCUGACUUCACUGGGCAGUUUCUUGGGUGUUGGUGGCAUAAUUGGGGUGGCUAUAGGAGCGAGUGUUCUCAUGGCUAUACUGUUUUCGUGCUGUAUAAUUGCUGUGAGGAGAAUGACCCACAACAAUUUCGCACAGAGGAAAAGGGACCCCCAGACUAAUGUGCAUCUAUCCUCCUUUAGAAGAGCGGGAGACCAGAGGGCACGACGUCAAGGUCCCGGGCGCCCGGGGGAUGUCUUCGGACAUGAUGACAAUCUUUACCGUGGCUAUGUGGGCGGGACUCGCGGGAGUACUCCCAAGUCGGAAUUUAUGGGAUAUUAAAGUGCAUCAAAGAUAUGUUGUUCUGUAUCUUGUAGUUCCAUCUCAUGAUACUACAUGUGUAGGCCUAUACAUACAAAUAUAUUCUCAACUAACUCAAUAAUAAUAAUAAUAAUACACGACAUUUAUCAGGCGCUUGAUACUGGUGUUUUUCCUAAGCGCAUCAUUGUCUGAAUACCAACUAAAA